AUGGGAUCCAAGAAGCCCUUUAAGGAAGGCUAAACAAGAGAAGCCUCAGGAUUAUGAUGAAUCCAAGCUAGAACACAUUUUAUUCCGUGAAUUUUUUAGAACUAGGUUUACACCAAGGUAUUAUUUACUCGUAAUCCUUAAUUUUUUUGCAUGGGCACUUAACUCUGCUAUUUCUGUUAUGCAUCUAAGCCCGCAGAGCGUCUUGGCAUUGAAAGGCCAUUGAAAUUUUGAGGCGUCAUAAUUUAAGGCCAAAAUACCUAAAAUGUAUUGUUCGAGUUACCUAAACUGUAUUUUUAAUAUACAAUGGUUGUCUCAUUUACCAAGUCUGGACAUAAACUGACAGGAUCCAGGUCUUGUGGUGAAGAUCGUACAAAUCGACAUGUGUACAUCUAUAAUGAAGUCAAUUAUGAUUAAUAAGUGUUGAAGUGUAUAUGUGGAUUACCUAGCCCUUUCCAUUAGUUCGGACUUUUGGUUGCGUUGGCUAGUGCAUGAAGCUUAACAUGGUAUCACAGCCUAAGGUUUUGUGUUCAAGUCCUGGUUUUCGCAGUUUAUUCAAAAAUUGCUGCCGCCCCCUCUUAUGUCCACGUAUAGGCCUCUUGAGCCAUACCUCUGAGUCUAUUCACGUGUUGACUUCCCGCGUCACAUGUGAGAGGGGGUGUUGAAGUGUAUACAUGGAUUGCCUAGCCCUUUCUAUCAGUUCAGACUUAUGGUUGCGUUGGCUAGUGCAUGAAGCUUAACAAUAAGAUUCUACCACAUAUUGAUUAUACCUUCUUGGACCAAGAUCAUUGUUAUUAAGAACUUUACAUCAUAAUCAUACAUUAAGUUCUAGUUAUAGAUAAAUUUAUUAAGAGAAAAGGAACAAUGUUGACAUAUGCUACCGUUUCAAAAUAUUAUGUCCUAUAUUUACAGUGUCCAGUAAAAAAAGUAUUGGUUAUUUAUUUACAGAUAACAUCACAUAUAUUUUGAUAUUACAUCUGCUCAGCAUGUAGUAAUUUCCUAGUUUUGCCAUGACCAUUUUGUAGACCCUGUAUUAUAUAUGAGCUAUGCAAGUUAUGUGGACUAACGUUGUUUGAGAUUUUUCCUUCCUUCAGUUAUGUGCUGGGUGCAGCUGCAGAUUGUUGGCUGGUAUAUAUGGAUCGGCUACUGACAUGUGAAGUUCAAGAAGACAAAAAAGAAUGGGAGUCGAUAAAGGCUAAGAUGCUUGAAUUGGUUGACAUUUACUAUGAGGCUCUGGAUGCCCCGAAAAGUGGGAACAAGAUCACUAUGCCUCGUCAUCUGAAGGUUGAAGUAUAUCCGCACUUUAUGGAAGGGAAAGGGUUUACACCUCCCUACAUUUCCACAUCAGUGCUGGGCAAAAUCUAUGAUUUAGCAAAGUCGCAUCAGCCUGAAGCAGUUCACCCAAUCAAUAUAACUCCACUGACAUGCUUCACCGAGGAAGUAGUAGCCGAAGAACGCAACACGUGGGGUCUCCGUUACGACGAGUAUCGGAGAGCGAGCACAUUGCUAUUGGACAGUAAUCGCCCAAUCUCUAAAGAAGAGAAGAAGGCGAGGUUCCGGGAGCUGGACCAAAAAUACAAGCAGAUGCUGUACGACGCGGCGGAGCUGGAAGAGAGCCAGAAGCACCCGUUCGCCGUCUACAGGGAGGCCUGCGCGAUCUACCAGCUGGUGUACGAGCACGCGGCGCGGUGCCGGUGCGACGACGAAGGGAGGCGUGUCGAGAGGUGCGGCUUCGCGUGGAGGGUCGCCGGCCGCGCGCUGUGCGAGUUCUACGUGAUCAAGCGCCGCGGCGACAGGGUGGUCGCCGACAUGCAGGUCCUCCGCGACGCCUUCAGGAAGGAUCGCGGUGCGUAGCAUAGCAUGCAUGCAGCCAUAUAGCGCUAGGCAGAGUAUAGCUCUAACUGCAUAUCUGAUUAUCUAUGUAUGUACAGUACGUAGUAGUAGCAGCAGUGUGGGGUACGCGUACAGACCUGUGUACAAGUUUGAAUUGCUGAUGUGAUGCAUGUGUAUUUAUGUGUA